AUGAUUGUUCAAGCAUGCUUGGCAUUAAGUUACUAUCAAGUUCUACCACUGGAGAUGAUACAACGAGUGUUUAAUAUUGAUUUUAUAACACGGAUAGAGAAGGAAUUAUCACUUACUUCUCAUACGCAAAGAAACCCAAGAAGUAUAUUAAAUUUGGUCAUGCAGUUGAACCGAUCGAUUUGCCUUAAUUAUCCAGAAGCUAGAGUGCCAUGGUUCCAGCAAAAUUUUAUUGAGGCACAAUUAGUAGCAAGUCCACCAAAGUCUAAUCCGUAUACGAAUGAAAUAUACAAAAUGUUGCUGUCUUAUGUUGGAGGUGACAAAAGUAUGAUUAGAUUGAAUCAUAAGACACCAUACGGAUACAGGAUACCUUUCGUGGUUUAUUUCAAUUCACAAAGACAACUAGUUUCACCACCAUUUGACGAGGGUCCUCAAACAUUAAACAAAGUGGCUAUAAUACCUUUGCCAAAAACACCUGUUCAAUUCAACGGUAGAAGUAAUAAACGUGGAAUCGAUAUUCUCCAAGAGCGUCAUCUUAGUAUAUUGGGAUAUAUUGUGAUACAAAUUUGCUACCGAGAAUGGAAUUCAAUUUACAUGGAUUUGCCUGGUGCUCGUGAAGAAUAUCUUCAAAAUAUUUUCAAUAAAUAUAAAUUUCUGGUGUCCUAAUAACUAACCGGAUGAGUACGAAAUGUUGCACCCAAAAUGUGUAGCGAUGGUGUAUUAUCGCACUAAAAAAUCAAUUAUUAAAUAAAAGAGCAUCGAUUAUUGUACAUUAGAAA